AUGUUCCGCAACGCAUACCAGCAUGGAUUUUUAUCCAUACUUUACAGCUGCGGAGCAACCCCACUUGCCAUUUGGGACAAACAAGUGAAAAACGGGUACAUUAAACGCAUAACGGAUGAUGAGGUCAAGUCCUUAGUUCUGGAGAUAGCUGGGACCAAUGUGGCGACGACCUUCAUUUCCUGUCCUCAGGAUCCGAAGAAAGUUCUGGGGAUAAAGCUGCCCUUUUUGAUAAUGAUCGUCAAGAACAUGAAGAAGUAUUUCACGUUUGAGAUAACGAUUCUCGACGACAAGGAUAUGCACAGGCGGUUUCGAGUGAGUAAUUUUCAAAGCACAACAAGGGUUAGGCCAUUCUGCACAACGAUGCCUAUCGGACUCUCGGGUGGGUGGAAUCAGGUGCAAUUCAACCUCGCUGAUUUUACCAGGCGUGCCUAUGGCAGCAACUACGUUGAGACGACCAGGAUGCAGAUACAUGCCAACUGCAGGAUAAGGAGGAUCUACUACGCCGACAGAUUAUAUUCCGAGGACGAGAUGCCUGAGGAAUUUAAACUGUUUCUACCAGUUCGUCGAAAGUUGACCAGAGAAAGCAAGAGCAAGCCUGUGCAGCGUUCAAGUCUGCCGAAGCAGAUAAAUGCUGCAGGCGAUCAAGGCGAACAGCUCCCAGACGAACCUCCAGCCUUUACAGCUGCUGUAGAGGAGAGCAAAGAAGGUGAAGAAACAGUGGAGGAACCACCGGAGCACAAUACCGAAUCUGCGCCGCGGAAGUCGAGCUCAGUUCUAAAGUCGGAAGGCAAUCGAAAAAGUGCCGGCAUCAUAAUCAAAGAUACCGUCGAAGACGACGGCGAGGAGGAGCAACGAAACGCUGGAUAUGAUCAGGAACGGGGUCUGGAAGAGGAAGAAGCGGCUGAAGCUCCCACGGAGGAAGAAGCUCAGCCAGCGACCGAGGAAAUGGUCGAGAUCGCUGUGACGGAAGGAGGCUGAUUUUUUAAAUUCGCAACUGUUUUAAGGCGAGGUUAUUCUCUCGAGGUAUCGAUCGGAAAUCGCCGGACAUCACAGAUUAGUGUAGGUAAUCAACGACGAUUCCCGAGUGAAUAACCCUUCAACCCUCUUUAUUUCGAUCUUGUGUUGUUCUCGCUGAAAAAAAUUGAGUGUGCGAUGAGGCUAAUGAAUAAAUUUGUACAUUUUAUAUACUUCCCUUUCGGUUUCUGAGUUGAAUUCCCUGAGAUACUUACUGGUUUUAUAAUGAUUAUAUUAACACCCGUCGCCAGAACGAUACUCAGCUUGCAACUUACCUGUCUGCAGAGACUUGAGGAAGAAGAAACUA